GAUGCUAAGUAUUUGUUUCGACUAUAUGUUGCUCUUGGUAUGACGAAAGAGGCGGCAACAACCGCAAUAGUGAUCGCUCGUCAGGAGCAAGAACGUGGGUCCUAUACUGUGGCUCGUAAUGUUCUUCUAGCCAUGUAUCAGGAAUUAGCAGCGAAACAAAUCAAGGUUCCUUACAUUAUGCAGAACAGCCUAAUGAUUAUACACUCGUAUCUCAUAGUUAAGAACUUAUUACGAAGAAACGAAACAUUGAGGGCAGCCAGGAUGUUGAUUCGAACUUCCGCCAACAUAAGUAAAUUCCCUGCUCACGUGGUUCCCAUUCUUACGUCAACCGUAGUAAUUUGUUCCAAGGCAGGUCUUAAAGCAGCUGCUCACCGUGCCGCUAUUACUCUGAUGCAACCCGAAUAUCGUCAGAAAAUACACGCUAAAUACAAAAAAAAAAUAGAGGCCUUUAGAAAUUUACUUUGUAAGCUCACGAAAUCCUCGCUAAAUCCUAGGAGAAUUUUUUAUAACGAAGAGACAAGUUUUAGAAAGGUCGAAAAAUUUGAGGAUCCGCAGGAAACACGAUCCCCUUGCCCAUAUUGCGGGUAUCAAGUACCAGAAACUGAGCUAUCUUGUGAAAAUUGCAAAUCAACAGUACCGUAUUGCAUUGUAACGGGCCGGCAUAUAGUGGAUUCCGAUUUCGGGUUAUGCCCCUCGUGUAACUUCCCUGCGUAUUAUUCAGAGCUAAAGAAGUGA